AUGCCACCGCCACAAGUUCAUGGUAUCGCGCGUCGCAUCCAUGGAUGGUCAUGGCAGUCGUUCCCUAUUUUGAUGGGUACAAGUGCGGUUUAUAUGACGCUCUCAGCCCUGAAGCACCAUCCUGCGUUCGUGUCAAGCAUAGAGACGGUGUUUUUCUUCCUCAGCAUUACUCUUUUUUUUGCGAACAUCGUCAUGCUCUUAUUACAAGCCAUCUGCGCGUUUUCUCUCCCCGCCAUCUUCCCUCGCCAUGCGUGGUCCCGUCUUCAGGAUCCAAUACAAGGAACAUUCGUCGUUUCCUUUGCUACCAUAGUUGUCGGCACCAUGGACUAUGACUUAAACUACGGCCACAUUAGCUCAAACCUAGUUUUCGCUCUGUUUUGCAUAUACCUGGUCAUUGCGAUUGCAACGUGUUUUCCAAUGAUAAAAAUAACCUUCAGCCAGCCGCACGACCUGCCGCAUUUUGCGCCCUCAUACGCGUUUCCGGUGUUCCCUUUGAUGCUUACGGGGCUAGUGUCAGCUAAUACCUUGAAGGUGAUUGAUGCGUCUGAUCCAAGGGCUUUGGGCAUUCUGCUCGUAGGCUAUGUCGUUCAUGGUCUUGGACUCUUCUUGGCUUUCUUCUUUCUCGUCAUUUACAUUAUUCGGCUUAUGAUGAACGGGUUCAUGGACGGUAGACAGUCAAAUGUCGCCUUUGUCGCAUGUAGUCCGCCCGGUUUUUCCGCCCUUACAUUAAUUAGCCUUGGUGAUCAUGCAAGGACAAUCCUCGGCGCUCGCGGAUACAUUAAUGAAGCCACAGGCGACAUCUGGUAUUCAGCAAGCGUGAUGGCAAGCCUGCUGCUUUACGGGCUAGCAUUGUUUUUCUUCAUUUUCGGUGUUAUUCCCUACCGGUUCUCCUUACGGAGACAUUUGGACGGCAUCCUUGAUUGCUGGGCUUUGACAUUUCCAAAUGUGGGAUGGAUAAACGCCACACGCUCCCUCGGCGACAUCUUUCAAAUCCAGGGCUUUUUCACGUUCCAUCUCGUCAUGACGGUCUUCAUGUGUAUUACAUGGCUCUUCUUAUUCACGCUCACAGUUAUCGCGUUCUGCAAGGGCAGGAUAUUCAAGUCUGGGAAAGAAGACUUUAUGAGGGACAUCCAGGCUCAGGAAGAGGUAGCGGAAGAACGUCCUGCGCCUGUGGUUCCUUCUUCUGCACAUCAUUUAGAGGGCUGCAGUCGGGCCCUAAUUACUGUUUAA